UAAUUGCUGUCGCGGUGCUCGGCGAUCGGGGAAAGACGAGAAAGCUGCGGCGAAGCGAAACCGUAUAAAACGACGCAAACGCGGCCCACGUUCAUCAGUACGACGAUUGUUCAAACUACCGACAACAGCGUGUGCAAACCCGACGAUGAAUAAUUUGAGCACAGCGUUGAUUCUUUUGUGCGGCGUUUACGGUGCUUUGGCCGGGCGUCGUUACAUUGCUAUACCUGUGGACGGGUUCGACGUGAUCGAGCUAAGCCCGAUCGCACCGGCUGCACCGAGAAUCGCUCGGCAAAUCGAGACUCACGUGCCCGUAGCAGUGUCUAGUAUCCGGCAGGAGGAUCCGGAGAACCUGCGCCCGGAGAGGUCAACCUCGCCCAUUCUGGAUUACGUGGAUUUCGGCGGAUACACCGGCUCUAACGGGGCUUUCAGCUGGUACGCUGAUUAUCCGGCGCAUCACUAAUUGUCCCGAGGGACACGGACGGUGUACGUCACGAUCGAUCCCGACGACGAGAGUUCUAUGCCCAACAAAUUCAGACUCGUCGACGGGCUCCGUCGCGCUAAAAGUUGGUGUUCCCACCCUUCGCGUUUCAAUCGAGGUUUAUACGUUAUGGAGGUCACUGGGCAAAAACGCGAGGGGUUGCUGAAUUUCAUAACACAUCCUAACCGUAUACUCGUCGAAUGUGCGUAGAUCUGUGGACCAUACGCGAGCAUCGAAAAGCUCCAUUGGCAUUCUCGACAACACCUCCAUGUUUCUAUAAUAUCGUUUGUUAGACUUGAUCUUACUUUUUAUCUAAUUUUUUACUAGAAUUUUAAGCAAUAUUUUGAACAUAGUUAUGAUGAAAUAUCGCUUUCUUGCAUACAGCAACGAUUGAAUUACGCAAAAUCAAACGAACCUGUCGUUGUAGCCAAUCGAUGUAAUAAUUUGAAGCUGUUCGCGAGCGAGUUCUCGUUAAUUGAAAUUUAACGAGCUUCGCGUCAGGCAUUGUUAAGAGAAACAGGGAACACGCAAAACAUUGCGUGCUCGAACAAGUAUGUUGUUAUAUUUC